AUUGCUAAUGCAGCCAUGGAGGCGGCCACAGAUCUGCAGGACACAGCCUCAUUAACUUGGAAGUUUGAAUUUGACCCAAGCCAGGGAAUUGAUAAUCCUGUCCUCUCUCUGGCUGAAGACAGCAGCUUCUCUGAUUCCUGGAGCCAGCAACAGCCUCGCUUCUGUCUGCUGAGCAAAGAGGAGGGCGGGAGUUUUGGCUUCCACCUGCAGCAGGUGCCGGGCCAUGGCGGGCAGAUGGUGUGCCGGGUGGAGCCAGGCACCUGUGCGCAGAGGCAGGGUCUACAAGUAGGAGACCGGAUCCUGGGGGUGAACGGCGAUGUUGUGGAGCAUGAAGACUACCAAGCGGUGGUGCGUCGCAUCAGGGCCAGCGGUCCCCGGGUGCUGCUGGCGAUUUGGGCCCAGCACCUGCACGACGACGUGGCCCAGGCUCAGCAGGGCGGCGGUGCUCCCUUCUGCCCUCUCCUAGCCCCAGGGCUGCGGCCCCGGCUGUGCCACAUUGUGAAAGACCAGGGCGGCUUUGGCUUCAGCAUCACCCCUGGAGGGCAGGGUCCUUUCUGGGUGGUGCUGAGCCCUGGGGGAGCAGCAGAGCGGGCAGGGGUGCCCCCUGGGGCCCGGCUGCUGGAGAUCAACGGGGUCAGCGUGGAGAGCUUUAGUCACCAGCAACUCAACAGGAAGCUUUGGCUGAGUAAAAAGAAGGUGACCCUGCUGGUGGCAGGGCCAGAGGUGGAGGAACAGUGUCGCCAGCUGAGAAUGCCCCUGGCUGCCCCCCUGGCAGAGGGCUGGGCCCUGCCUACCAGGCCCCGGUGUUUGCACUUAGAGAAAGGACCCCAGGGCUUCGGAUUCCUGCUUCGGGAGGAGAAGGGCCUUGGGGGUCGCCUUGGACAGUUCCUGCGGGAGGUGGACCCAGGACUGCCAGCUGAGAAGGCCGGGAUGCAAUCCGGGGACCGGCUGGUGGCUGUGGCUGGGGACAGCGUGGAGGGGCUGAGUCAUGAGGACACGGUGUCGAGGAUCCGGGCCCAGGGCUCCUGCAUCUCCCUCACUGUCGUGGACCCUGAGGCUGACCGCUUCUUCAGCAUGGUCCGCCUGUCCCCCCUUCUCUUUGUGGAGCACACAGAGGCUUUUGCCUCUCCCCAGAACCCCCUCCCGGUGCCCCUGAUAGAGACCAGGGACCCUCCGGAUGAAGGCACAGCUGCGCCUUGUGCCAUGCCUGGCUCUCGCCACUGCUUCCUGUACCCUCAGCCAGGUGGCGGCUAUGGCUUGCGCAUCAGCUGGGUGGCCAGUGGGCCCAGUGUCUUCAUUUCCCAGGUGACCCCGGGAGGUUCAGCUGCCCUGGCUGGGCUGCGGGUGGGGGACGUGAUUCUGGAGGUGAACGGACUUCCCGUGGGUGGAGAAAGUGACCUGGGAAGACUUCAGCAGCUGCCUGAGCUGGACCCGCCCCUCUGCCUGAAGCUGGCAGCCAGGUUUCAGCAGGACCUGGGAACCCGGAUCCCCUCAAAGGCUGGCAAGGAUCAGGCCCUCACCUCAGAUGUGCUCUAGGGCUCCCUGCGUGGCACAGGAGGCACCCAGCGACUCUCCAACCCAAGGUGACAGGAGCCAAGAUGCUCUUUGUCAGCCAUCAGCUGGAGUUCACGGAUGCUGGACAGCUCCCAUCGCAGGUGCCCCCGGCCAGGAGCCCACCACCAAUCAAAGACCUCAUGAAGACCCACGAAGGAGCCUGUUCUCAGCUGACCCUCCUCUGCGGCUCCAGAGGAGGUCACGCUGGGGCUUUGGGGAGCUGUGCCCCAAGGAAGACGUCCUGUUUGAGAAGAGUUGGUGCGGCCUGGCUGGGAUUGGCUUUGUGUGGCACUCACCCUGGGCAUGCACAGGAGGCUUCUAAAAGUUUAGAUCUGAUUCCAUUUCACCUGGAACCCUUUGAAGCCCCCCCCCUCAUAUUACAGGAGUUUGGGGACACCUUCGAAUUCUGGGAGCACAGCCACUCUGGCUGUUCGGUCACCAUAGCAAAUGAUGUUACAGAAAUGACCUUUCCCCAUA